AUGAAGCCGGGUUAAACUAGUAAUUCACCCACAUCGAGCCGAUCAUAUCUGGAGCUGACCAGAUAAGACAAGACCCGAUUAUGUCUAAGUAGCUUCAGGUUCGCCCAAAACCAACCAUGGCACCUAAAUCUUUUUCAGAAAAGUUUUCAAACUUAGAGGACAGUGAUGUUAAACACUCCACAUGCGUGUGCAGAAGACAAUGCAACAACUGCAAGAUAUUCCUCGGUUUCUUCGUCCUCUCUCUUUCGUUGCACUUCGUCACGCUGUUUUGUUAUUUGGACUUGAGAUCUGAGGUGCAACGAGAGAUUCUUCAGAAAAACAGAGAUGGUGUUAUUCCGGUGGGAUCUGCGGAGGCUCAUGAACUGCUCCCUCCUGAGCUGCAGGUCCUGGACAUGCGCUACUCAGCCAUCGGCAUGCAGAGUGCCGUCCCCCGUAGAGCCGGCCUGAGGGACUCCCGCCUCACCGCCCAGAGCAUCGUUCAUCGCAUCAAGAGAAGCCAGAAUGGCAAACGGCCCGAACAAGAUCAAAAUGGUGGCAAUGGAAAAAGAAAGGAUAGAAAAAAAGGCAAGAAAGGGCCCCCAGGUGCUCCUGGGCCACCAGGCCCUCCAGGGCCUCAAGGGCCCCCAGGCAUACCUGGCAUACCGGGGAUCCCAGGCACCAACGCCAUGGGGCCCUCAGGACCACCGGGCCCCCCAGGCCCAGCCGGCCCCCCUGGGCCACAGGGUCCGCCUGGGGCCCAAGGUCCGUCAGGAGGAAGUGACAGGGUUCGGCAGAGAGACUUUCAGCCAGCUGUGGUCCAUCUUCAGGGCCAGGAGACCACUAUACAGGUGAAAGAAGAUCUUUCAGAAGGCGUACUCAGAAACUGGAAAAUGAUCUCCAUCCACCACAAGGUGUUUAAGAUGCACUCGCACUCGGGGGAGCUGGAGGUGCUGGUGGAUGGCACCUACUUCAUCUAUAGUCAGGUAGAAGUAUAUUACCUGAACUUCACGGACAUUGCAAGUUAUGAGGUGAUGGUGGACAAGACGCCGUUCCUGCGCUGCACUCGCAGCAUCGAGACGGGCCAGCGCAAGUUCAACACGUGCUACACGGCCGGGGUGUGCCUGCUGCGCGCGCGCCAGAAGAUCUCCAUCCGUAUGGUGUACGAGGACACCUCCAUCAGCAUGACCAACCACACCACCUUCCUGGGCAGCAUCCGCCUGGGGGACGUUCCAUCCGGUGGGCACGCUUAAGUUAACGGGGUGCCUGCCCCACCCUGCCACUGCACACACCUUACACCUUUCCGCCCACAACUGCGCCCCUUUCCAAGACUCACCUUCGUCACUGCCUGUAGGGGCCGAGUCUUGGAAAAACCAAAAGCCAUCUCCGUAUCAAGGAAGCUAAGAGCUCUCUCCCACCACUUCCUUUUGCCAUUAAACCCCUUUCAGCUCCACCCUCAGGCUCUGGGCCAAGUCCUCCUUUCCCCUCACUCCGUCUACAGCUCACCUGGUCCACGCCCUGGAAGUGAAAAAGGGAUUCCAUACUCUUGGGGCACCAUGACGAACACUUUGGGAAUCCUUGACAGUAAUCAUAAAGUACUGGUGCCAACUGACGUAAUCCAGAUACAUGCAAUAGCACGCCAGAUAGGCAAUAGCAUGUCAUAUAACAGUUACAUAGACAUAGAAAAAAAUGGAAAUUGUGCAAAUCAGCAAAUAGUCUAUAAACUCAAGUCAUACAGACUGACAAGCUAUCUCAGAGGAUGACCAUUAACGCCAGCAAACCAGAGUGCUGGUCAACACACGAACUGAUGAAGCCCCAAUGAAGUUAGUAUGUAACUAUGCCCAUGGCCCUGUAGUUCAUGUUAUGGCAAUUUAGCUCAAAGCGCAACCAUAUAGCCACAUACUCUGCCGUAUAACCAACCACUAAGCCUUGUAACUGAACACAAUGCUGUAUAUUCAAAGAAGUGGUCCUGUAACUCAACACAGUCAUAUAACCCAACAUUGUAACUACUCUUAUGAAUAUGCAAAAAAAAGUCACACAUCAAUCAGAUAAUCUACCAGUCAACUUCUCUCUCUUCUCCACACAUACUGCCAUAUUAUGGUAACCACACGGAGGCUGCCAAACCUCUAGAAGCCAUAAAGGCUCCAGUUGUAUAUACUGACUGUGCCAGUUUGCAGCUGGAUGUGAAAUCACAGCAAAAUCACCGUGGGUGGUUUUGACGGAGUGAUUUGAGAUGUGUUCGAUUACAGAGUCAUGUUCCUUUUGUUGGCGACGACAAACAUGUGAACAUAGUGGCUCUUCCGGUCCUUGGCCCUGUUCAGGAUUCCACAUGGAUUUUUUUUUCCUUUUCUUUUUUGAGGAGCUGGUAUCUGAUGUGGAGGCCUUCCAGACGACUUUGGUGAAAGAAGAAUCUAUCAGGAAUCAUUGUAAGAAGUAUAUUUGCCCGGAGCUGUAUUAAUCUUUGCCUCGAUUGAGCGAAGGUCAAGACAUUCCAUUGAAAGCAUUGUAUGGGAGCUUUGAAUGUGAUGAUGUCACAAAGAAUGAUGAACAUUGUUUCAAUAUGCCGCCAGUCUCCAUGCCUACUUCUGAGGGCAUUUUCAUCUCUGCUAGUUUUCCGUUGAAUCUUUUUACAUAGUAAUAUUUUUUGUGUCCAAGUGAUAUUGUAGGUAAAUAUGAUAUAUUUGUUAUCCUGUUUUGCUGAAAAUAAUGUACAUUUGUAUACUGUAUUGUGGGUGUAAAUAUGUACAUAAAUAGAAUUCUGUUUGGUUGGUUUUGUAAAUGGAUCUGAUUUUUAUAUUAAAUUGUUUCUUCCUCACUCUUAAACACUCUGAAA